CUAGUGCGGUUCUUGAAGUGUUUCCCAUAUAUCUUUUCUUCCCGACAUCAUGUAGACCUAGCUUCUCGUUUCUCUUUUCAUUUUCUUCGCUGCAUUCACUUCACUCACUUUUGCCAGGCGCAAUUCUUGUUACUGUCCACUCAUUCAUUCAUUCAUUUGUUUGGUUUCAUAGCAAAAGCACCUGGCGUGCCAUUCCUUCGGGCUUCUUGAUACCACACCAGACUCAUCAACCAACAAGACCUUCAGUCCAAUCCAAUCCAAGCCUCUCAUUCAAGCUCUACGCCUUACCAAGUCAAACCUUCACACCCAUCCCGCUCCACCACCGCUACAAAAAUGUCGUCCAACAUCAACAAGAACCUCUACUACACCGUUCCGCUGGACGACGACCUCGAAUCCCAGGACUACCUCCAAGAAAAGAAGGCGCCCUGGUUCAGCGUCCCCGUCCGAAGCGCCGCCGUUGCCGCACCCUCUCACUCUUCUCCCUUGUCUGCUUUGUGGAGACUACCUCAAAGAUGGUGGCUAAACGACGAUAGCCGCCACCACAACAGCGGCAAUACUCGUGUCGACGGCAGCCGAGAACAUGGAAGAGGCUUUUGGGACCGCUGGAUUUGGCUCGUCCACGCCGUUCUGCUGACUAUUUCCGUCACGCUUUUUGCGUUGUCUAUGUGCACGCUGCAAACCACGACGGGCGCGGGCGCGGGCGCGGCGGCAGCUCAGUGUCAGUGUCAGGGCACCGGGAUGGCGGAAGGGGCGAAGGGUGCUGCUGGUGCUUCGAGUUUUGUUCCUCGCUCUUUCUAUGAGGGGGAGGAGAAGACGACGACGACAACACCUGCUGCUGUGCUUCCCGUUCCGGUUGUCGACAUUCCGGAAUCGCAACAUGUUGAUAUGAAGCUUUCGAUGGAUGAUAAGACUUGGGUGGAAGAGGACGAGGAGUGAGGAGUGGGAUUGUGUUUCUGUGGGAGGGGAGAUGUCUGGAUCGACGAUGGAUCGAAGCUGGAUAUCAACACGUGGUUAGAGGUUGAAUAUUUGGGUAACAACAGGGUAACAACAGAGUUUAGCUCAAACGGUGGCUCUUUGUUGAACUUCAAGUUCCGUUUUUUGCAUUCACCCCUGAAAUAAUGUUGCUGCAAGACCCUUGAUAGUAAUUCACUUGCCCAAAGCCAUUUGGCUGAUGGAAUGGGGUUCCAUGUGGUGGUGUACUCUCUGAGAACUCGGUAGGCAAUUGUGGUCUUUUGUAUGUAUUGGAGAUCAAGAUCUCUAGCUCCAUCCAACAACAGUCAGCCAACUCACUCUGGGCGCAUCUGAUAAAACCAGUGGUGCCCAUGCCUUUGUGGAAAAUGUUCGAAAUCGACCACUGGAGACAAAUGGGAUCUUCAUCACUCUUUUCUUCACCGUUGUUCGUCGCGGAUCUUGCAUUUGGCAAAAAGCAGAUGACAGUUAGCGACUUGAACAGCG